AUGUCCUGGACACCUGGUUUCAAUGGCAACAGUGAUAUUCUUAACUACACUGUAGAGAUCAGUACAGAUAAUCAAACAUUUACAGAGGCUAGAUGUCAAGGAUUGUCAAGUAGUGGUUGUGUGGUAUCAAGCACCUUCACAAGUGCUUCUCUUGUAGACCUACAUCCUGGAAGGACAUAUUACAUACGGAUGUUUGCUACUAACAAAGUUGGUGUCAGUGCUGUAAGCUCGGUAAUCACCACAACCACGGAUGAAGAAGGUAAAAAAAUCGUUAAGUAACAUUGCUCAGCUGCUUCUAAGGUCCAGGCAAAAUUCAAAAUUAGUCACGUUGCAUGUUAUGGCCACUUAAUUUUCAGCACUUAUACAAUUCUUUAAAAGGUCUUGGAUUGCAGUACAUGUACAUAUGUGUCCGAGUAGAAAAAUGUAAAGAGUGUAAUGUAAAAAGGGAUAAUACCACUGAUCAUGACUGGUUACGUUACUCCGGUAAUUGCAAGAGAGAAUGAUCAUUCUCUCUUGGUAAUUGAUAACUAUCUUUGACAAAUUUUGUUCGGUCUGGAACAGUGUAAACUGGUACAUAUGUCCGACCCGACCAAGUAGCACCAUUUUAGUGGGACAAAACUAGAAAAGAAUCAACAUAUUAUAUAUCCUUGACUUUUAGACAUCUUUAAGCGAUGAGAGUAUCUUCAACUCCAAAAUGGUGGUGUCUACUUGUAGUAUUUGAUCUGCCCAGUCAUAAUGUCCUCUAUCAAUCUCCUACCGCAGGUGGGUAUUACGUCCAACGGGAGACUUAAUUUUAGUGGGACAUAUUUUUGUCGGAGGACUACUUGCUAUUUUCGGCUCUCAUAUUGUUUUCUUUUAUUAGACUCUUCCGUAGACGAAUAACUCUAUGCUUGAUAAUGACCACCCAUGAUCCGACAAAAAAGGCUCAUUUGCGCUUUAUCCUUCACUUACGGGAGCUUAAACUGUACUCACGUAAAAACCGAACGUAGAAAGUUAUUUUUAGUUUUGAUUUUAAUCAGGAACGCAUUAUCCAGAGCUAGAAACUCCCAUACUAGCCCUAUUUCACGGCGUUUUUAGACCGUUUUGGGGCACUUUUUCCCGCGAAAAUGGGAUCUCCGCCUCGUCUAUGAACGCAUUGGAAGUAUAAGACCUCAAAAAACGUAACGUCAUUAAAAGGCAAAAGUUAUCAUUUUUAGGCCUGUAGGUUUUGCUGACUGGUUUGUGGGACUUUGAUAUUCUAAAUUCUCGCCAAAACCUUUCUAAAAAUAAACUUGUCGGUGAAAACGCCGUGACACGAGUACAUGGAAGUUGCUCACUACAGGUUAUGGGCUCCUGUUUCAAUGUAUGUGCAAUGGUUUUUGUAAGACUAUAAUGUUAUUGCAGUACCAAAUGCUCCCCCAACUAAAGUCAAAGGAAACAAUGUAACCUCUACAAGCAUUUUUGUACAGUGGGAUGAAGUUCCAGCAGACAAUCAGAAUGGUAUUGUAGUGAAUUACACAGUCAUCUACGCAGAGUUACCUGCUGGUGAUUCAGGAAAGGAGAUAGUGAUUGCUCCAAAAACAAAUGCUACAUUGACAGGAUUGAAAAAAUUUACCAACUACAGCAUCACGGUGUUUGCAUCUACUGCCAAGGGGGGUGGAAACAAGAGUGAGCCUAUUAUUGUCAUUACAGAUGAAGACCGUAAGUACAAUUCUGGUAUUACCCAGUCGGUUGUUAUGUACUCACUUGGAAUCUCUAGGGACUAAAAUGUAAAUCCACACCUAAAAAAGUAUUUUUAUUCCUUACGAAAUGGGAAAAAAAUUUAUUCUGAAACGGAAAACAUGGUUCCCUCUUACUUUGAACUUGUUUUUCAGAGCCUGCUGGAGCACCACAGAAUGUGAGAGAACAUAACACCAGUUCAACCAGCAUUUCAGUAUCAUGGGAACCAGUGCAAGCUGAUCUUCAGAAUGGUAUCAUUACUGGUUACAAUAUAACGUACCAGUCACUGACAGAGAAUGACAAUGGAUUUGUACUAACUGGUCCUGAUGAUCGUCAGGCUAACCUAACAGGGCUGAAGGAGUUUGUUGACUACAAUAUUUCAGUGGUUGCAUUUACAGUGAAAGGAGAUGGACCGCCCUUUGUUCUUGUUGUCAGAACAGAUCAAGAUAGUAAGUAAACCUAUGUUUUCCUGGUGUGUCUGCCGGCAUAUGUAUUCGAACGGCGGCACGGAUAAGUUUCAGCACUGACAUUUUGCCUUAGGACGUUUUUAUGCAAUCGUCAUUAAAAUUUACUGCUUAAUCAUUCACCUGGUUAAACAAAGAAAUGGAUAGCGAAUACGAAAUAGUUUUAUAAUUUUUGAACAACAUAACAACCCAGCGUAGAUGGUACACCUUAUAACACCUGGUAAAUGCUGACUAAAGCUUGUCCGAAUGGUAAGCUGUAAGACUUACUUUCUUUGCAACAUGACCACCACAUUUUUUGAUAUGAAAAUAUGUUCUAAUUUAGCCCAAUGACAAGCAGAUUAGCGUUCCAUUCUAACGUUACUUUCCCGGCAUUGAACGUUUCGAAUUUAACUUUUAUCUUCUUAGCCUUUGAGUUGUCUAAUCAAUAUUUAUACUUGGUAAUGGUUUUAUUUGUUCUUUAUUUAUUUAUCAACACCAACCUUUUAAAUAUAGGUAAAAUUACAUCACAACAUUUACUUCUUUAGUUUAAGAUAAAUUUAUAGUUAUACCAUUGAAUUACGAUACAAGACACCUUAACCUUGAACUACGAUACAGUUUGAUUUAAACAACAACAGUUACAUAAAAGACGAGCAGUAAAAGGAGCAAAAUAUAAAUACUGAGUUGUACAUGCACUUAUCUUUUUUUUUAUCCUUAGGACCUCAUGCUCCCCCUCAAAAUAUACGAGCAAACAGCACAACUUCCACCAGUAUCUUUGUAAAAUGGGAUGAUGUUCCUUCUGAGGACCAAAAUGGCAUUAUCAGGAACUAUACUGUCAGAUAUCGGGUAGUCGGUGCGCUGGGACCCUUUAAUACUACGAAGGUUUUUACGAAAGGGGCGAAUCUAACAGGCCUGAUAAAGGAUGAGUCUUACAACGUCAGUGUUUUAGCGACUACAGACAAGGGAAAUGGACCUUACAGCGUCCCGAUAAUACUUACUACAAAUGAAAACAGUGAGUAUUUCUAAACGUUUAUUAGGAAUAGCAAAAUAAAUACCGUAGCGGCUUUGUUUUUUGCGAGCACGAUCCCUUCGACAACGGGAAGUAUUUGAAAACCAAUUGCGUCAUCCACUGGAUAGACAGUUAUAAUGUUAGUAUAGCAUCAUAGAUCGUUUGAACGAAGUUUUGGCGUGUGGCUUUUUGUCCCAUCCGAAAACGUAGGUUUCAUAAAAACUGAAUCUAAUAUUUUUUUUAGUAUACAUUGUUGUGACAAAUUGUUUUAUUAUACAUUGAUUUGACCAAAAAAAAAAACCCUUCGCAAGGAACUUGAAUUGAUAUAAAAGUUAUUGGAAAUCAUGCAUUGAGCACGCAAAAUACAGAUUAGUCAAUUAUCUGCUAGCAGAUAACUGACUAAUCUGGGUCCAGCUGUUCGAAGGCCGAUUAGCUCAUAGCACGGGGUUAAAUUUAACCCGGGUUUCCUUUUCUUGUGUUCAAAACCAUUUUCUCCGGUGAUUUUCUCAGUUAUUUGUAGAGCUUCCAACUUGUAGACAAAAAGAAUUAAAAUUGAAAUGCUUUUUAAGCUUUCAUAUCUGAAUUCAAAUCUUGCACUAACCCUGGGUAAUCUUAACCCAGCUUUGAACAACUCGGCCCUGUAAGUUGCGCUGAUUUCCAAAAUUAGCGGUAGGCUCUUAGCCAAUGACAAGACAGAUAAUGAGUACAAUGUAUAUAUAGUAAUUUGCAUUAUUUGAUCUGAGCGCCAUUUUAAAUUCGGUUCAAAGGUUGCAUUCACUGUUCGACUUACGAGGUCAUGCGCUCUUCUGGCUUUAAUCUUACCUAGAGGGAAGAGUGCAGCGUAUUUUUGUUAACGGCAGUGUCUUAAACAGAUUUGCUUAGGCCCGCUAUUUUUUACGAUCUAUACUAGCAAGCUGUUUGAGAUCCUGCGUUUGCACCUCCCUUCUGUGCAUGCCUAUGUCGAUGACAUUCAGCUGUAUGUGUCAUUCAUACUAUCUGACAGUUUGAACAAACUCGAAGUCGUGACUGCGCUGGAGAACUGCAUUCUUGAUGUGUGCUUGGAUGAGAGGUGGUAUGCUGUGGUUAAAUGAUGAGAGGACGGAGUUUCUAUUGGUUAGCAGUCGACAACAGCUGGCUAAGGUGUCUAUAAACGGCAUCGAGGUUGGUUAAGCUGAUUUGGCUCCUAUCUCGUCCGCAAGGAAUCUGGGUGCUUGGUUCGACUCCCAGAUGGUUGUGUCUGCUCUUAUAUCCAAAACUUGCGGUAGCGCAUUCUACUAUCCAUCUCUAUAACAUUCGUCAUAUCAGGAAGUUCCAGGCUGGGUCAAGCCUUCAUCACAAGUCGAUUAGACUGCUGUAAAUAGCCUGCUUUACAGCGUUCACUAUUUUCGAAAUUUGGAAACCGCAAGUGCCAGGCUUAUUUACUGCGCGCCUAAGUUUUGUCACAUCACCCCAAUACUAAAGUCUUUUUCGCAAUCAUUACGAAGUGGGAAACAUUUUUUUUUUUUAAACAAACAAGACACUGUUUUCUCUUACUUUGAACUUGUUUUUCAGAGCCUGCUGGCGCACCACAGAAUCUGAGAGGACAUAACACCAGUUCAACCAGCAUUUCAGUAUCGUGGGACGAAGUGCAAGCUGAGCUACGGAAUGGUAUCAUAACUGGUUACACUAUAUUGUACAAGUCACUGACAGAGAAUGACAAUGGCAUUGUACCAGCUGGUCCUAACGAUCGUCAGGCCAACCUAACAGGGCUAAAGGAGUUUGUUGAUUACAAUAUUUCAGUGGCUGCAUUUACAGUUAAAGGAGAUGGACCGCCUUCUGUUCUUGUUGUUAGAACGGAUCAAGAUAGUAAGUAAACUACGUUUUCUUGACUUGUUGCGCGGCAUAUAAUAGAGUGAUGUAUUCAAACGGCGGCUGGUAAGUGCCAGCUAGCACUGACAUUUUAUCUGAGGACAUUUUAUCGCAACCGCUGUUAAAUUUUACUUCUUAAUCAUUCACCUGGUUAGAAAUAGAAAUGCGCAGUAAAUACGAAAUAGUUUUAUAAUUCUUGAACAGCAUACAACAUACGUACAUAGUGCACCUGGUAAAUGCUGACUACAGUUUGUCCGAAUGGUGAGCUGUAAGACUUACCUUUCUUUGCACCAUGGCAACCACAUUUUUCAAUAUGAAAAGAGCGGACAAAAGGAAAAAUAUAUUUUGAUUUGGCCCAAGAACAAGCAGAUUAGCGUUCCACUCUUACUUUACUUUUAACUUUUAUCUUCUUAGCCUUAGAAUUGUCUCAUCAAUAUUUAUACUUGGCAAUGGUUUUAUUUAUUUUCUAAGCAAUUCAUUCUUUCUUUCUUUAUUUAUUAAUUUACACCACCUUUUCAUACGUAAACUCGCAUCAUUACAUCUAGUUAAAGAUAAAUUUAAAGUGAUACUAUUGAAUUACGAUACAACAUACCUUAACCUUCAACUACAAUACAGCUGUUUGAGUUAAACAACAACAGUUACAUAAAAUACGUGCUAUAUAAAAAGAGCAAAAUAUAAAUAGUGAGUUGUACAUGCACUUAUCAAUUUUUUAAUAUCCUUAGGACCCCAUGCUCCUCCUCAAGAUGUAUCAGAAAACAGCACAACUUCUACCAGUAUCUUUGUAAAAUGGAAUGAUGUUCCUUCUGAGGACCAAAAUGGCAUCAUAAGGAGCUAUACUGUCAGGUAUCGGGCAGUCGGUGUGCUGGGACCCUUUGACAUGACGACGGUUUUUACAAAAGAGGUGAAUCUAACAGGCCUGAUAAAGGAUGAGUCUUACAACGUCAGUGUUUUAGCGACUACUGAGAAAGGGGAUGGACCUUACAGCGAUCCGGCAAAAUUUACUACAAAUGAAGACCGU